AUGUCCGCUCACCAUCCGCGCCAGCGUCUUCCGGUCUCCUGUGAGCCGUGCCGCGUUCGCAAGAUCCGAUGUUCCCGGGAUACCCCCCCUUGCGGCACUUGCGUACGGCGUCGUGUUCCGCCGGAGCAGUGCGUCUAUAGUACCAGGAGACAACCGAUACCCUCACAACAACAACCGCAACAGUCUCAGCCGCAGCCUCAGCCACUGGAAAAUAGCUCGGCAUCUCCCGACACCCCUGUCCAACCCCGCUAUCACGGUCCCGCCGGAGAGCCCAAUCCUGAUCUCGUAGCUCGGAUAGAAAAGCUGGAGCAGUUGUUGCAUGCAAAGGACCAACCGCAAGAAAAAGCACCACGUCCGCCAACGACAGCUUUCGCGGGCACCCUCAUCUCGUCCACUUCGGGGCAUGUGCGCUUCCUCCCCAUUAACUCCGCCUGGCGCAUUGUCGAUCGAGCCUCUCUAGAGGGUCCCUUUCCGAGCCAGGAGAGUGCCGCGGCUGAUACGCCCAGCGGACCAUAUCCUUUCGGCGAACACGACGCUGAAAACAGACCCAAUCUCUUAGCAAAGCUCCCCCCGACGGAGUAUUGCGACCAGUUAACGGAUGUCUAUUUCCAGUCGUUUGCGCCCCUCUUUCCUAUCAUACAUAGCCCUACGUUUCACGAGCGGUACCGUCAAUUUUUCAAGGAUCCAGAUCAAGCCCCGCUAGGAUGGUUUGCUCUCCUCUUUACUAUUCUGGGCACUGCUGUUCUCGCGGUUGAACAUGACAGCCGUCUGCUUGAGGCUCUUAGCCGCAAGAAUACCCCUUGGGACCGAGUCACAGAGCUCUCGGAGCGGUAUUACACUGCGGCGAUGAAAUGCCUCGAAGCAGAUCGCUAUCUCUGGCGACAUAACGUCUCGACACUACAGGCACUACUAAACCUCAUCUAUGGGAUUCACCAUAGCCAUGGCCAAACAUGGACUCUUCUGGGGCUGGUCUAUCACAUGGCGCUCUCGAUCGGUUGCCAUGUUGACCCGGCCGCGUUCUCCUUAGAUAUUGUUGAAGCUGAGGAACGUCGCCGCUGUUGGCUAGGCCUGACGACACUGCUCUGUAAUCAGAAUAUGGCAAUUACUGGGUUUGACAUCUAUCAGUCGGUAUUCUCAUCGCGUGUCCUACCCCCCGCCGAGGUGUGGGAUGAGGACAUUGUCCAGGGACAGCCAGGACCGAUCGCACCGUCGGCAGGCAUCAAACCCGUCUCAUAUCUCAUUCGAAAAUCGCAUCUUUAUCAGAUAUCUUCGAAGAUCUGUAAUGCCGUUCUGGUUGCACGGUCGGACGAUCCGAUGGUUCUCCGCCCUCUGGACGCGGCCAUCCGAGCCGAGUUAGACCCCCUGGAGCAGAGUUACGCCUCGAUGCUUGGGGCCAACUCACCGGUUGUUCAUAUCAAUCUACUGCUCAGUUUUGCCCACCACCUGGUCCUCCUUCUCCACAGUGAUAUACUGAAUGAAGUGUCCUUUUGUCAGUCGCAGCAUAGCCGGUCGAAGCAACGCUGUAUGGAAAGUGCACAACGUGUCUUAGAACUCCAUGCCGACUUCCACAAUCUGCCCCAGUUCACGCCCUUCCACUGGUAUAUCCGGGGCCGGGGCGCUUUCCACGCUUUCCACGCCGCGUUCGUCCUGGUACUCAUUCUUUCUUUAGAGCCCCAAGGACCCCGUCCCUCAUAUGUGGUGCGGCUGCUGCACGAUUGCCAUGCUCGGCUCGCGGCGUCAAAGGCGCAGAGUCAGUUGUGCACCCGAACUGCAACAAUUCUCGGCCAGAUGUUGUAA